AUGGACAUGGAAAACCACGCCCUACUGCGACGUUUAUCUUACAUGGAUCAGGAUCGCGUGUUGACUGACGAGUUGACUCAGAUAUGUGGUUGUGGCGUAGUCCUCGAUAUGACAGGCCUCCAGUUUGCCCAUUUGACUCCAAAACAGAGCAUGAGUGAAGCAAAGAUUGAAACGCGAAUUUGGCAA